AUGGUGGUGUGUACUUUCUUCCAGCAGGGUCGCUGCAAGUUUGGAGACCGCUGCAAGUUUGAACAUCCUGGACGAGCCACUUCAGGCUCAUCAGGCAAUCGGUUUGGAGCUCUUUCCGGCGGAUUUGGAGGCCAAGCAUCGACACAGGGCCAACAAACAACAGAUUACGGGGUGACCGCAAGCGAUAUCAAGCUUGAUCUGACUGCAGGUAAAGGUCGGCCAGAAUGGGUCUUCUCUGCCUAUGCACCGAACAACAAAGUCCCACGGCAACUCUUUGGCGGCCCCCAGCGUGAGCUGAGUAUGGAGGAGCUGCGUCUCCGUCACUAUGAGGCAACAGCAGCUGGGAAUAUGAACCAGGCCAUUCAGGAAGCCCAGGCUUUAUGGCAAGAGUCUGUUAAGCAAAUGGAUGUCGCUCUAGGCGAUCUCAACGGUGCAGUCAAGUACAUUGUCGAGGGGGCAAACGAGCACCCCAAUCGUAUCGAUAUCUGCCAGGGUCAGACUGGGCCCCAGACAAAUCAAAAUUCGCCGUUUGGCCAGCCUUCAGCACCUGCCGCGCCUACUGGUGGCUUUGGUAAUCCUACUCUCUCUGCUCCUUCGGCCUUUGGCAAGCCUACGUUUGGACAGCCUACGUUUGGACAGCCUGCACAACCUUCGCCAUUUGGACAGCCUGCGGCGCCUGGGAACCCAACGCCAUUCGGCCAGCCAUCUGCCCUGGGAGCUUCAUCUGCCUUUGGGAAACCCUCUACUCUUGGGACGGGAACUGCUUUCGCGGGAAGUGCUUUCAGCCAACCAUCUGGCCUUGGAGCCCAAGUUGGGCUUGGUCAGCCAACAUUUGGUCAGUCUGGCUUCGGCCAAGUAGCUAACCAAUCACCCUUCGGCAAUACUGGCUUUGGGAGUCCCUCCCAGCCAGCCGCAGGAGGAGCUGCACCCUUUGGUGCCUCAGCUGCUGCCUCACCUUUCAGCCAAAUUCAACAGCAACCACAACAGCCAUCUGCUCCAUUUGGCCAACCUGCCCCUGAAAAUCCAUUUGGAGCUUCCGCACAACAACCAGCAACAUCCGGCUUCGGGCAACCGUCUGGCGGCGGCGGGUUUGGACAACCUUCGCAGACCGCGUCACCAUUUGGCCAGCCUCAGCUGCCUCAGCAAGCACAAUCAUCGCCGUUUGGUCAGCCCCAACCGGCUGCAACCCCAUUUGGAGCACCGGCUCAGCAAGCUCCAGCUCCGUCACCCUUCAGUCAGGCCGGGGCUCCACAGGGUGUGCCUGUUCAAGGAACCAGCACUGGUCCACGAGCAUCCAUCAAGGUCGAAAAGCCGGACGAAUUGAACCCCUUACCGAACUUGCAGGGUCAAACAAUGCGUAACCCAAGUACCCGUCAGUUGACGAUGUGGAAAGGUCGUCCUGUGAAGUACAUCAACGACAAGCCUUGCUACCUUCACCCGCAAGAUAACCAGACGUUUGUCCGCAUCAAUUUUCCAGACGGACCGCCUGAGGAGGCCGCACUACGUGACUCCCAGGGAAAGCCGGAGGAUUAUACCCCCGAGAUAGAACAGAUGUACCAAUUCUAUCUUGACAACGGGUACUUCAAGGACGGUAUAAUUCCGGCAGUCCCGCCAAAGCGCGAAUGGAUCAGCUUCGACUUUUGA